AUGCAAUUUACAACGAUCAAAAAAGAAGAAACAACCCAUGAUAAUUAUUCUCAUUUAUCAACAGCGGCGGCAUCAACAACAGUGAUGACUAAAUCUGAAUCUUCAACUACCGAUGAUACGAAACAAAAGCCUCCACAAAUCGAUGCAUCAAGUAAACAAUUACCUAAGCAUCCCGUACAAUUUACUGCCGAUGAAUUACGUGAACAUCUUGAACCAGUUAUUCAAAAAAUGCUUCUCAUCGAAGAGUCACAUCCAUUUCGACAGCCUGUCGAUCCCGUUGCACUUAAUAUACUUGAUUAUCCAACUAUAGUUAAAAGUCCAAUGGAUAUAUCGACAAUGCAAGAUAAAUUAAAACAUGGUCUCUAUAAAACUCCAUUAGAAUUCUGUGAUGACGCAUGGCUUAUGUUUAAUAAUGCAUGGCUUUACAAUAAGAAAACCACGCGUGUCUAUAAAAUGUGUACAAAACUAUCGGAAAUAUUCGCCGAUGCUAUCGAUCCUGUUGUACAAAAAAUGGGCUAUUGUUGUGGUCGACAAUAUGUAUAUUUGCCACAAGUUAUGUUUUGUUAUGGAAACCAACUGUGUUGUCAAAUUCCACGCGAUGGCAAUUAUUAUUAUUAUAACAAUCCGGAACCGUCGCGAAUAAAUUUAUCCGGUGAUAAAUAUACAUUUUGUUCAAAAUGUUUCGAUUCAGUUAAAAGUGAUUCAAUCUAUGUCGGUGAUGAUCCAGCUCAAACAUUAGUUGAAAUACCCAAACAUUUAUUUCAAUCAUCAAAAAAUGAUAUACAAGAGCCUGAAGCAAUGAUCGAUUGCAUUGUUUGUACACGCCGUUGGCAUCAAGUUUGUGCACUACAUUUAGAUCAAGUAUGGCCCGAAGGUUUUAUAUGUAAUACAUGUAUAGCUGAUUAUAAUAUAAAACGUAAAGAAAAUCGUUUUAUUGCACCGAGAUUAACAGUAACUGAUUUAGCAACAAAAUUAGAGAAACGUGUCAAUGAUUUUCUACGUAAUGAAGGUUGUCAAACAGGUCGCGUUACAAUACGUAUAUUAGCUGCCAGUGAUAAACUAUGUGAAGUAAAACCACGUUUAAAAAAAUAUUAUCCAAAUCAAGUACCCGAUGGUUUUCCAUAUCGAACGAAAGCUAUAUUUGCCUUUCAAGAAAUCGAUGGUGUCGAUGUUGUUUUAUUUGGUAUGCACGUGCAAGAAUAUGAUGGACGAUGUCAAGCACCCAAUACGCGACGUGUGUAUGUCUCUUAUUUGGAUUCGGUGCAUUAUUUUCGACCGAAAAAUUAUCGUACAGAAGUUUAUCAUGAAAUUUUAAUUGGAUAUUUGGAUUAUGCUAAGCAACUUGGAUAUGUUUAUGCUCAUAUAUGGGCGUGUCCACCCAGUGAAGGAGAUGAUUAUAUAUUUCAUUGCCAUCCAGUUGAACAACGUGUACCGAAACCAAAACGUUUACAAGAUUGGUACAAGAAAAUGCUUGAUAGAGCUAUUGUUGAACGUGUUGUUAUUGAUUAUAAGGAUGUUAUGAAAGAUUGUAUGGAUAAUCAAGUGCAAACUGCUCUUAAUAUUCCAUAUUUUGAAGGUGACUUUUGGGCAAAUAUUAUUGAAGAAAGUAUUAAAGAACUUGACCAAGAAGAAGAAGAUCGAAGGAGACAAGAAGUUGAAGCAGCACGAGCCAUGGAAGAUGGAGGUUUAGAUGAUCUAAUCGAACCGGAAGAUCCAACUGACAUUUCUGAUAAACGUAAAUCUACGAAUACACAGAAAAAGAAAGGUUUGAAGAAAGGAGCAAAUCAACGAAAAGUAGCCAAAAAACAAAUGUCGAACUGUACUGAUUUAUUAUCGAAAAUAUUCGCAACGAUGGAAAAACACAAAGAGGCAUUCUUUGUUAUUCGUCUUCGUAAUCCAAUAGCAUCAUGUCCAGCUGUAAAUGAUACCGAUGCUCUUAUUCAAUGUGAUCUAAUGGAUACGCGAGAUGCAUUUUUAAAUUUUGCUCGUGAUAAACAUUAUGAAUUUUCAUCGUUGCGUCGUGCAAGAUUUUCUACAAUGGCAUUACUCUAUGAAUUACAUACAUCAACAACAGAUAAAUUCACAUAUAAUUGUAAUACAUGUCGACAACAAUGUGAUAUACGUUAUCAUUGUACAGUAUGCGAAGAUUUUGAUCUAUGCGAAAAAUGUUAUAAUAUCGAACCGAAACAUGAACAUAGAAUGGAACGCUCGGUUCCAUCGAUUGUUGAAGAUUGCGAUCAAAAUUCUUCAAAUCCAAAUGGUAAAUCUCUCGCGACUUCACAACUGCAACGUCAACAAUCCAUGCAACGUUGUAUCGAAGCACUGUUACAUGCCGUUAAUUGUCGAAAUGCUAAUUGUGUUAAUCGAAGUUGCUUUCGUUAUAAACGUGUUAUACAACAUACGAAGGAUUGUAAAGGAAAAAAUAGUCAGUGUAAUGUUUGCAAACAAGUUAUAUUUCUUUGUUGGUAUCAUGCAAAAACUUGUAUGGAUCAAAAUUGUCAAGUUCCAUUUUGUACAAAUUUGAAAACGAAAAUACAAAAACAAAGAGCAACGAGUUUACAAACAGAUCGACGUCGUAUGCAAGCUAUGAUGCAACAAAGAACGAGUACAAUUCAACCACAAACAUCAGUAUCCAUAACCCCAUCUCGUCCAGAUCCAAUACCAAGUUCUCCUCAUCUAUCUUCUUACGAAUCAUCAGCGUCAAAUCAAACAAUAAAUAAUUCGACAGGUAAACCUUCGGUAACACUUAUUCGUACGCCGCCAUCGAAUUGGCAUAAUCAACCGCAACAACAAACAUAUAUAAUGACCCAAAAACCAACGAAUGGUAAACCCCUUAAUAAUCUAUCUCAACAACAAUCAUCCAAUCAAUUAAAUCUACUAAUUAAUCGAGUUAAACAAGAUCCAUCUAUGGAUGAAACCCAACGAUCAGAUAUAAAUGAUCCAAAUCCACAACAGCAACAACCGAUGUUUCCAUCGUUAUUAAAUAAAGCUUCGGUUAAUCGUUUACCGUCAUCCACGUAUAUUCAACCACAACAACAGCAAUGGUUUCCGACCGCAUCUCAGCAACAAUUUGCUCCGCCUCCUAAUUAUACGGCGGCAACUCGUGCCCGUUAUACGUCUAAUAUGCAACAACAACAACCUCAAAGUCAACCUUCCCCACAGACACUUAUAGCUCCUCUAAGAUCGAAUACGGCAACUGCGCCACCAAACUAUUUAACGCGAACAAGUUCAACGCCAAAUCUAACUCGGCCGCCCUUAAUAAGACCAUCACAAUAUCCUUCUCAACAGCAACAACCGCCACAGGAUCCAUCUGCACGUUAG